GUUUCGAAGUCACAACAACACUGGAGUAACGUAGGAAAUAUGGCUUCUUCCAUGAAUGCCAUGAGGAGAAACUUCGCCUUCAUAUUUCCCGAAGUGAAGGCAUUAUGGAAAAACACGACUUUGUUCGUGCGGUCUAUUUGCCUCAUCAUAUUCUCCUGCUACUUCUUAUCGUAUUCAGAGACUGCAGUUGAGGUGAUUAGUGUCACUCCAGGAUACCUCUGGCCUCCUCAUUUAUGGGUUUGGACUGCAUGCACUCAUUUCUUCCUGGAACUUCACUUCUGGGAAGUCUGUGUGGAUAUCGCCACCUUAGUGCUGUGUGGAAAACUUAUCGAGCCAUUAUGGGGAGCCUUUGAAAUGGUGGUUUUCUUUUUCCUCGUGAACAUUUUGGUCGGGUUUCUUGCCGGAGUAUUUUAUCUCAUUUUAUACAGCUGCACAUUCCAACCAGGCUUACUUUUCUCCCUUCACAUUCACGGCCUUUCGGGAUACAUAGCAGGAGUGACAGUUGCAGUGAAGCAAAUAAUGCCGGACCAUGUACUCAUCCGAACUCCUGUGACAAAAAUCACAAAUCGAAAUGUUCCUCUGUGCAUCUUCACCCUGACUGUCAUCUUACAUGUAAUCGGACUCCUGGAAGGAACCUAUCCUUCAAUGUUUCUCUGUGGCAUUGUCAUCAGCUGGACAUACCUGCGUUUUUAUCAGAAGCACCGAAAUGGCUCCAAAGGGGACAUGGCUGAAAACUUCUCCUUUGCAAGUUUUUUCCCAAAUGUGAUUCAACCUCCCAUCUCAGUGGUGAGCAACUUCAUUCACUCUCUCAUGGUGAGGAUUGGGCUGUGUGAGAAGAUUGUGAGGAAAUAUGACUUUGGGGCACCAUCAUCCAUUACCAUCAGUCUCCCUGGAAUGGAAGCACAAGAUGCAGAGAGGAGAAGGUAGGCCUAUCAAUAAAUUGAUCAUCUUCCUGUGAAUUGAGAUAGGCCCAGUC